AUGUUCCAGACUCUCAGAGAUUCCAACAUCUCUGCGUUCCAGGUUUCUGAGUUCAUUCUGAUGGGAUUUCCAGGCAUUCACAGCUGGCAGCACUGGCUCUCCCUGCCCCUGGCUCUGCUCUACCUCUUAGCUCUCAGUGCCAACAUCUUUAUCCUGAUCAUCAUCAAUCAAGAGGUGACACUGCAUCAGCCUAUGUACUAUUUCCUGGGCAUACUAGCUGUGGUAGAUAUGGGUCUGGCUACCACCAUCAUGCCCAAGAUUUUGGCCAUCUUAUUGUUCAGUGCUAAAGCCAUCAGUCUCCCUGCGUGCUUUGCUCAGAUGUAUGUUAUACAUUGUUUCGUGGGCAUGGAAUCAGGUAUCUUUGCUUGCAUGGCUAUAGAUAGAUAUGUAGCCAUUUGUCAACCACUACGUUAUCCAUCAAUAAUUACUGAAUCUUUUGUAGUCAAAACAACUGUGUUCAUGACACUCAGAAAUACCUUAACUAUUAUCCCCAUUCCUGUGUUGGCUGCUCAAAGAUACUACUGCGCACAGAACCAAAUUGAGCAUUGUUUGUGCUCUAAUCUUGGAGUCACUAGUCUAUCCUGUGAUGACAGGACAAUAAACAGCAUCUACCAACUACUCCUGGCCUGGUUACUCAUGGGAAGUGACCUGGGUUUGAUUAUUUUAUCAUAUAUUUUGAUACUUCACUCUGUGCUGAAGCUGAACUCAGCAGAAGCUACAUCCAAGGCUUUAAGUACCUGCACAUCCCACCUCAUUUUAAUCCUAUUCUUCUAUACAGUUGUCGUCGUUAUUUCUAUCACUCAUAGUGCAGUAAUGACAGUUCCCAUCAUUCCAGUUCUUCUCAAUGUGCUACACAAUGUCAUUCCUCCAGCCCUCAACCCAAUGGUAUAUGCACUCAAGAACAAGGAGCUCAGGCAGGGCUUAUAUAAGGUUCUUAAGCUAGACAUCAACAGAAACUAA